AUGUAUUGGCCGAGAGCCAGAUCUUUGUUUUUGUUCGCCGACAGCCUAUCGAAUCGUUGGGUUCCCACGUUCAUGGCGUUGCCAGGGAAGACGGAAUCGCGGAUCAUUCCUGAUCCAAGCACUCAUGCCAUCGCUGGCCAGCAGCACCACCCGAGUGCUCUGCGCAAUCGCAUUCCGAUACUCAAGGCGCUCCUAGGGUUCCUCCCAGACAGCGACGAAUUCAGCGGCCUCGCACUUGAGAUUGCAACAGGCACCGGAGCACUCAUGGAAGUCGUUGCACCAGCAUUUCCACUCUUGACGUAUCAGCCUUCCGAAUACGUGCCAGAGGAGCAAGCGUCACCUGAGGAGCAGUGGUCCAAGCACGGCAAGAUCGGGCUUCGCCAGGGUCUCGAUGAGUUAGCCAAUAUCGACGAGCACGGUAUUAAAGUGUUCAAGAAUUGCCUGCCUGCAGUCGCCCUCGAUCUGUUGAAGCCCUGGCCGCCAGUUGUGACCGAAAAAGAAUUCAAGCUGAUCUUGUGUGCUAAUACGCUUCACAUCACACCGUGGGCCGCCACCGAGGGCCUCUUCCGCGGAGCCGGACAUCUUCUCGGCCCAGGUGGACAUCUGUGUGUUUAUGGCCCUUUCAAGGUGGCAGGCGAGUUUGUUGGCGAGGACGGGGGUGCUGGCAACGCUAGUUUCGACGAGAAGCUGCGCUCGACCAACCCCGCAUGGGGGAUUCGCGACGUGGACGAGCUGCAAAAGCUGGCAGCAGGCUGCGGACUGACGCUGAGCUCCAAGAAAGAUAUGCCCGCCAACAACUUGACGCUGCAUUUUGUUAAAGACUGA